UCUGAUUCUCUCUGUCGUCUGUCUGUGUGAGAGUGAACAACCGUCAAAAUGGCUCAGCAGGGAGUUCUGCUGGACCAGGACCAGUUCUGCUGUUCUGUCUGUCUGGAUCUACUGAAGGAGCCGGUCACUACUGCCUGUGGACACAGUUACUGUAGGAGCUGUAUUGAGGGCUGCUGGGAUCAGGAUGUUCUGAAAGGGGUCUAUAGCUGUCCUCAGUGCAGACAUACCUUCACUCCAAGGCCAACGCUGAUGAAAAAUAACAUGUUGGCUGAGGUGGUGGAGAAACUGAAGAAGACAGGACUCCAGGCUGCUCCCCCUCCUGCUCUGUGCUAUGCUGGACCUGGAGAUGUGGCAUGUGAUGUCUGCACUGGGACCAGAAAGCAGAAAGCCCUCAUGUCCUGUCUGGCAUGUCUGGCCUCUUACUGUGAGACUCACCUCCAAUCUCACUAUGAAUCUCCUGCUUUGAAGAAGCACAAGCUGGUCAAAGCCACCGCACAACUACAGGAGAAGAUCUGCUCUCAUCAUGACAAACUGCUGGAGGUUUACUGUCGUACCGAUCAGCAGUGUAUCUGUUAUCAGUGUGUGAUGGAUGAACAUAAAGGCCAUGAUACAGUGUCAGCUGCAGCAGAGAGGACUGAGAAACAGAGGCAGCUGGGGAUGAGUCAGCAGAAGGUCCAGCAGAGAUUCCAGGAGAGAGAGAAGGAGCUGAAGGAGCUCCAACAGGCUGUGGAGUCUUUCAAGUGCUCUGCACAGUCAGCAGUGGAGGACAGUGAUCAGAUCUUUACUGAGCUGAUCCGCUCCAUUGAGAGAAGGAGCUCUGAGGUGAAGGAGCUGAUCAGAGCCCAAGAGAAGGCUCAAGUGAGUCAAGCUGAAGGACUCCUGGAGCAACUGAAGCAGGAGAUAGCUGAGCUGAGGAAGAGAAAUACUGAGCUGGAGCAGCUCUCACACACAGAGGAUCACAUUCAUUUCCUCCAGAGUUAUCAGUCUCUCUCCAGUAUCAGUGUAUCUUCAGACUUACCCAGCAUCGUUGUCCGUCCUCUUCAGUACUUUGGAGAUGUGAGUAAGACUGUGUCUGAACUGAGAGAGAAACUAGAAGACUUCCUUAAAGGAGAAUGGACCAAGAUCUCCACUACAGUGAAUAUAGUGGAUGUUGUACUGCCUCCAGAGCCCAAGACCAGAGAACAGUUGUUACAAUAUUCCUGUCAGCUCACACUGGACCCAAACACAGCACACACACUCCUCUCUCUGUCUAAAGGGAACAGAAAGGUGACCUUUACCCGCCAAGUCCAACCAUAUCCUGACCAUCCAGACAGAUUCACCAACCGGUACCAGGUUCUGUGUAGAGAGGGUCUGUCUGGACGCUGUUACUGGGAGGUGGAGUGGACUGGUGUUGUUUUUACAGCAGUCUCAUAUAAAGACAUCAGCAGAACAGGGACAGAUGGUGCAUUUGGAUUCAAUAACAAGUCCUGAAGUUUACAGUACUAUAGUGGUGAUUAUUGUUUCAAACACAAUAAUGUUGUGACUAAAGUAUCAGGCCCUCAGUCCUCCAGAGUAGGAGUGUACCUGGAUCACAAGGCAGGUACUCUGUCCUUCUACAGUGUCUCUGACACAAUGACCCUCCUCCACAGAGUCCAGACCACAUUCACUCAGCCCCUCUAUCCUGGGUUUCAUCUCUAUGGUACUGCUGAGCUGGUUAAACUGUAGUAGGGUCCACAUAGAUACUAGUCAUGCUGGUGUAGUCUAUAGCUGAGCUGGUUAAACUGUAGUAGGGUCCACAUAGAUACUAGUCAUGCUGGUGUAGUCUAUAGCUGAGCUGGUUAAACUGUAGUAGGGUCCACAUAGAUACUAGUCAUGCUGGUGUAGUCUAUAGCUGAGCUGGUUAAACUGUAGUAGGGUCCACAUAGAUACUAGUCAUGCUGGUGUAGUCUAUAGCUGAGCUGGUUAAACUGUAGUAGGGUCCACAUAGAUACUAGUCAUGCUGGUGUAGUCUAUAGCUGAGCUGGUUAAACUGUAAUAGGGUCCACAUAGAUACUAGUCAUGCUGGUGUAGUCUAUAGCUGAGCUGGUUAAACUGUAGUAGGGUCCACAUAGAUACUAGUCAUGCUGGUGUAGUCUAUAGCUGAGCUGGUUAAACUGUAGUAGGGUCCACAUAGAUAAUAGUCAUGCUGGUGUAGUCUAUAGCUGAGCUGGUUAAACUGUAGUAGGGUCCACAUAGAUACUAGUCAUGCUGGUGUAGUCUAUAGCUGAGCUGGUUAAACUGUAGUAGGGUCCACAUAGAUACUAGUCAUGCUGGUGUAGUCUAUAGCUGAGCUGGUUAAACUGUAGUAGGGUCUACAUAGAUACUAGUCAUGCUGGUGUAGUCUAUAACUGAGCUGGUUAAACUGUAGUAGGGUCCACAUAGAUACUAGUCAUGCUGGUGUAGUCUAUAGCUGAGCUGGUUAAACUGUAGUAGGGUCCACAUAGAUACUAGUCAUGCUGGUGUAGUCUAUAGCUGAGCUGGUUAAACUGUAGUAGGGUCCACAUAGAUACUAGUCAUGCUGGUGUAGUCUAUAGCUGAGCUGGUUAAACUGUAGUAGGGUCCACAUAGAUACUAGUCAUGCUGGUGUAGUCUAUAGCUGAGCUGGUUAAACUGUAGUAGGGUCCACAUAGAGACUAGUCAUGCUGGUGGAGUCUAUAGCUGAGCUGGUUAAACUGUAGUAGGGUCCACAUAGAUACUAGUCAUGCUGGUGUAGUCUAUAGCUGAGCUGGUUAAACUGUAGUAGGGUCCACAUAGAUACUAGUCAUGCUGGUGUAGUCUAUAGCUGAGCUGGUUAAACUGUAGUAGGGUCCACAUAGAGACUAGUCAUGCUGGUGUAGUCUAUAGCUGAGCUGGUUAAACUGUAGUAGGGUCCACAUAGAGACUAGUCAUGCUGGUGUAGUCUAUAGCUGAGCUGGUUAAACUGUAGUAGGGUCCACAUAGAUACUAGUCAUGCUGGUGUAGUCUAUAGCUGAGCUGGUUAAACUGUAGUAGGGUCCACAUAGAUACUAGUCAUGCUGGUGUAGUCUAUAGCUGAGCUGGUUAAACUGUAGUAGGGUCCACAUAGAUACUAGUCAUGCUGGUGUAGUCUAUAGCUGAGCUGGUUAAACUGUAGUAGGGUCCACAUAGAUACUAGUCAUGCUGGUGUAGUCUAUAGCUGAGCUGGUUAAACUGUAGUAGGGUCCACAUAGAUACUAGUCAUGCUGGUGUAGUCUAUAGCUGAGCUGGUUAAACUGUAGUAGGGUCCACAUAGAUACUAGUCAUGCUGGUGUAGUCUAUAGCUGAGCUGGUUAAACUGUAGUAGGGUCCACAUAGAUACUAGUCAUGCUGGUGUAGUCUAUAGCUGAGCUGGUUAAACUGUAGUAGGGUUCACAUAGAUACUAGUCAUGCUGGUGUAGUCUAUAGCUGAGCUGGUUAAACUGUAGUAGGGUCCACAUAGAUACUAGUCAUGCUGGUGUAGUCUAUAGCUGAGCUGGUUAAACUGUAGUAGGGUCCACAUAGAUACUAGUCAUGCUGGUGGUGAUGGUCCCCAGAUGUGAUGAUUCAUUCUGCUCUGUUUUAUCUACAAUGAUUUAACUGAUUUGAUCUUCAGAAGAUGUUAUGAAUUAUAAUUCAAUGUUUUCAUAUUUUUGUAAUUACAAUGUUUUAAUUUUGUACAUUUCCAUGAAUCAUGAUGUCUGGUGUUGAUGUAUAUUGGUUGUCAUUCAGAACCAUUGAUAUGUUUUCUCAGUUGGUUCUCUGUCUCUAUGUAAUUCUCCUCAGUAUCAUUGAUCAGCUUGUUGGUCCUAAUUGAUGUGUUCUCUGUCACCUGGAGCUGCAUGGAAAAUGGUCCAGGAACUAAAUGACAAUUCAGGACUAGUCAGCCCACUACAAGCUGGUAUCACUUACUUUCUACUAAACUAUAUGGACUGGUUUCCCAAACACAGAUUAAUCCUAGUCCUGGACUAAAAAGUAUGUUCAAUGUAGAUGUCCAGGAAACCGGCCCUAAAUGUGUCAUCUUUCAUCCUUCCAUACUGCUCAGUCCAGCAACAUUAAACCUGUCCAGCAGGUGGUGCUAUUGACCAAACAAUAAAACCAGCAGAUAUCUUGACUUGCCACUCAGUAUAUCAGUAAUGUUCAGAAUAGUACUUUAAUAUCAUUGGAGAUUGAUGGUCUUUUUAAUCCACUAUCCAGAGUCAGGAACAGAUGAAGUUAGGUCUGCUACUGUUCAGUGAUUAAAUAUGAUUUAUGGUGAUGGGAAAUAAUAAAAAACACUAAACUUCA